ACAGGCAAAAGCUAGUUAUGGACAUAAAGGAGAACAUCGGUAUUUCAGAAAACACGCCAAGGAGGUACGAUGUGAUGCUGAAAGAGGCGGAUAAAGAAGGGUUGUUAGUGCUGCGAGAAGAACGUCUCAAGAAGAAAAAGACGAUGGUCGGAGGAAUCAACCACAGAGCCACAUGCAUACCCAAGGAUGGGUUCAGAUACAAACGGCAACUGGCGGAGCGUUUUAAGAAGUCCACUGAUAGAGCAGCGACUCAGGAGUACAAGCUCGAUGAACGUCGUGGCAACCGCUUACUUACACAGAAGCACGUGUUCAGCGUUACCAAGAAUCCACAACAGUCGGUGGUGCGAGACCCUUCGGACAAGCGUGUGCGUAUUGAGGAGAGCGACCUGGAAGAAUUGUUGUUCAAGGCCUUCGAGGAACAUCAGUAUUACGCACUUAAGGAUCUAGUCAACAUUACCAACCAGCCACAAGAAUUCGUCAAGACUACGCUCAGGAAGCUGUGCGUGUACCACCAAAAAGGAAAGCACAAGAAUUUAUAUGAGCUCAAGCCAGAGUAUCGAGCGGGAGACAUCAAGGGCGAGAGCGAAACGAUGGAGGAUGACGACGAUGCAUGAAGUUAGCUUCUGGGUCUAUGCGUGCUACAAGCAUAGUUGGUUAUGCAUUGCGUUGAAGAAUUAAAAUCAAAUCAAUAACCGGAA